CAGAGGGGAGGGACGGGGCUCCCGGGGCCCCGGUGCGGGCAGCGGCGAGGGGGCCGAAGCCCCGCAGGGCACGGACGGAAGAAAUGGACGAUGAGAGCUGAUACCCCAGAUGCUGCUGCUGCCGCCUCGGCCACCCCACCCUCGGUCCUCCUCCCCAGAGGCCAUGGACCCGCCGCCCCCCAAGACUCCCCCUUUCCCCAAGACGGAAGGCCCUUCCUCCACUCCAUCCUCCGCGGCAGGGCCUCGACCCCCGCGGCUGGGCCGCCACCUGCUCAUCGACGCCAACGGGGUCCCCUACACGUACACGGUGCAGUUGGAGGAGGAGCCUCGGGGCCCGCCCCAGCGCGAGGCCGCGCCGGGAGAAGCGGGGCCGCGCAAGGGCUACAGCUGCCCGGAGUGCGCUCGUGUCUUUGCCAGCCCCCUGCGGCUGCAGAGCCACCGCGUGUCGCACUCGGACCUCAAGCCCUUCACGUGCGGCGCCUGCGGCAAGGCCUUCAAGCGCUCCAGCCACCUGUCGCGGCACCGCGCCACGCACCGCGCCCGUGCGGGCCCGCCGCACACCUGCCCGCUCUGCCCACGCCGCUUCCAGGACGCCGCGGAGCUGGCGCAGCACGUCCGCCUCCACUGAGUUCCCGACCGGCGGGGCCUCGCGAGCCACACACCCGCGCUGCCACACGCGCGCCCUGCCUUACCCAGGGCCCGUCUACUCGUCCGCUCAGAGGGAGAGACCCCCUUCCUUCCUUACCUUCCUGUCUCGCUGUGUGAUGCCGGCCCCGUCGCUGCCCCUCCCUGGGCCGGGGAACCAGUCUCGGAACUGGGUCCCGGUCGGGCCCGGCCGCGCGAGCCCUCGCUGGCGCACAGCGUCUCGGAGCCCGGCUUUUCUGCUCCCGAGGGCUCAGCCGUCGUGUGCGCGGAAGAGCUGACCCAAGAGCACGGCACGAUUUUACGAGCACUGGCUCGUUCCUGUAUCUCCCCCGUUCCACCCGCAACCCUCGCCCCUUACUCAAUAAACAUUCCAUACUCCGCCAA